AAAGCUUAGCUAUGACAGGCUUUAUCGCAUAUGGGCUGUGCCGUUGAACAGCUGUUCAUAUAAAAGUUGGUAUUUUCAGAAUUAUUUUAUUGACAAUACAGAUGUUAAUAUCAUAUGUUGUCUGAGCCACCAGGCUGCUGAAGUGGAGGGACCUUUCCCAUUUAUCUUGACUUCACCUUUUCGUACCGUUUUCAACGUUAUUCAAGCACUUCUCCCUGAGUACUGCCUGCUCCGAAGCACUUCUCACUCACACAGCUCUCCAUCACGUGAUCUCUUUCUCACAGGCUACAAGGGAAGACACAUCAGGGACGCAACUAGGCUACAUGAGAUGGCCCAGUGGUUCCAGCUGCAGCAGCUAGACUCCAAGUACCUGGAGCAGGUGGACCAGCUGUAUGAUGAUACUUUCCCUAUGGAGAUCCGCCAGUACCUCAGUGCCUGGAUAGAGAGCCAUGACUGGGACAUGGUGGCCACCAGCGAUUCUCUUGCAGUGGUCCGUUUCCAUGACCUCCUGGCCCAGUUGGAUGUUCAGUACAGCCGCUUCGCCCUGGAGAACAACUUCCUGUUGCAACACAAUAUACGCAAGAUUAAACGCAACCUGCAGGACCACUUCCAGGAAGACCCUUUGCAGAUGGCCAUGAUAAUCUGUAACUGUCUGAAAGAGGAGAAGAAGAUCCUGGCCUCCAUCAUCAAAAAAGAGGAUAAUGUGGGGUCCACACCAAACAACAUGGUGUUGGAGAAACAGAAGGAGCUGGACCACAACGUUAAAGACCUGAGGAACCGAGUUCAGGUUUCAGAGCAUGAGAUUAAGUCACUGGAGGACCUACAGGAUGAACACGACUUCAAGAAGAAGACACUGCAGAGCCGAGUGGAACAAGAGGUGAAUGGGAUGGCACAGUCACAGGCGGUAUGGAAAGAGAUCCGCGAAGAGGAGAUUGUAAUCAGAAAGAUGUUCAUCAAACUCAACAUAACCAGAGAGGUGGUGGUGAAUCAGAUUUCUGACAUCUUGUGCUUGGCCGAGCAGAUCCAGUUCAACCUGGUGACAGUGGAGGUACCUGAGUGGAAGCACAGACAGCAGAUAGCUUGCAUCGGUGGUCCGCCUAACGCCUGUUUGGACCAGCUACAAAUCUGGUUCACUGCUGUGGCAGAGGGCUUACAGCAGGUGCGUCAGCAGCUGAAGAUGCUCCAGGAGCUAGAACAGAAGUACACGUACGAGAAUGACCCCGUCACUCAGGGCAAAAGCGCUCUGGAGGAACGCGCUCUCGCCCUAUUCAAGUACCUCAUUGUCAAUUCUAUCGUGGUGGAGAGACAGCCCUGUAUGCCCACUCACCCUCAAAAACCCAUGGUGCUGAAGACUGGGGUGCAGUUCACUGUCAAAAUCAGUUCCUGGUUGUCAUUUGGCUUCCAUUGUGAUUUACUUCAUUGGUAUCAUAAUGCUCUUGCACCCGAUAAUAUCCCCAGACUCCUGGUGAAGCUCCAGGAGUUCAACUACCAGCUCAAAGUCAAAGCUGUGUUUGACAAGAACGUCACUGAGAAGAGCACAGUGAGAGGGGUCCGGAAAUUCAACAUCUUGGGAACCAACACUAAGGUUAUGAACAUGGAGGAGUCCAAUGGAAGCUUGGCAGCAGAAUUCAGACACCUGCAACUAAAGGAACAGAAAGUUACAGGCAACAGAUCAAAUGGGGGUCCUCUCAUAGUGACGGAGGAGCUCCACUCUAUUAGCUUUGAGACUCAACUCUGUCAGCCAGGACUCCAGGUCCAACUAGAGACAAUGUCCCUGCCCAUUGUGGUCAUCUCCAACAUUAGCCAGCUGCCCAGUCCCUGGGCCUCUGUCAUGUGGUACAACAUGCUGACCUGUGAGUCCAAGAAUCUGUCGUUCUUCCUGAGCCCUCCUCAGGCCACCUGGAGCCAGUUGUCAAACGUGCUGAGCUGGCAGUUCUCCUCCAUAACCAAGCGAGGCCUCAACGACGAGCAGCUGAGCAUGCUGGGAGACAAGCUCCUGGGUGGAAAAGCAGCCGGAAACCCUAAUGGACUCAUCCCCUGGACCAAGUUCUGCAAGAAUGUGAAUGAGAAGAGCUUUCCCUUCUGGCUGUGGAUCGAGGGAAUACUGGACCUGAUCAAGAGACACCUGCUGUGUCUGUGGAAUGAUGGGUGUAUCAUUGGCUUUGUUAGUAAGGAGAGAGAGAAGGCCCUGCUGAAGGACAAGGAGCCUGGAACUUUCCUGCUGCGCUUCAGUGAGAGCAGCCGAGAGGGAGCCAUUACUUUCACCUGGGUGGAGGGCUCCAAUAAUGAUGUCCAUUUCCACGCGGUGGAGCCCUACACUAAGAAGGAGCUGGCCGCCAUCUCUUUUCCUGACAUCCUCCGCAACUACAAGGUGAUGGCUGCCGAGAACAUCCCUGAGAACCCUCUGCUCUACCUCUACCCCAACAUCCCCAAAGAGAGCGCCUUCACACGCUACUACAGCCGCCCCACAGAAGGAAACUAACAAGCUGUUAGAAAUCUGCUAAGCCAAUGGAGUUGGAGAGUGCCUCUGAGGCUGACUACAUUAAGACGGAGCUCAUCUCUGUGUCUGAAGUCCACCCCUCCAGACUACAGGACGCCAUGCUGCCCAUGAGUCCCGAAGUGUAUGGAGAGCUGACCAGGAUUAUUAACCCUGAUGAGAUUGAAAAUGUGGUAGGUUACAGCCAGACAGCACCUGCCACACACACGGAUUAGAGACACUGUGGUAGGUUUUAGCCAGACAGCACCAGCCGCACACAGAGUAGAGACACUGUUGUAUGUUAGUCAGCCAGCAGUAGCCACACACAGUGGUCGUGUUCCCCUGCUCAGCCGUUCCAUGCAUCAACCAAUAGUUGCGUGCAACAUCAUAAACUGUGCCGCCCGGCACCUGAUUGCUAUAAUAUAUGUGGUUAGCUGAUACGUAAAAUAAUUAUCCGGGUGUAGUAAGAUCUGGCAUGCAUCAGCAACACCUGGGCAGAGGAACGUAACCCACAGUGUGGUAGGUUAGAGACAGACAGCGCCAGCCGCACACAGAGAUGAGACAACACAUAUCUAAUCAUCAUAAAACACAAAAUGUGGAAAAGAUGUGAACAUUUGAGAAGACAAGACAGCCCUGGGGUAGAAUUAGAAUAUAUGGUCCUGGCAAAUCAGCUGUUGCGCUGUAAUAACUGAAGCAUUUAUUUCCAAAUCUUUCAUGCGAGGGUCGGGAUAAUUCAUGCAUUUUUCAUUUACUAUGUGACUGUCCCACUGUGUAACACAUAUGCAAUCACAAAAGUGCAGCAUUCCGCUAUUGAGAUGCAGCCAUUUUUUCCCCCUGAUCCUAUGUUGUCCCUCUCCCUUCAGAUGUGCACUCCCUUCCCAAACUAAUCUGCCCUCUUCAGGUGGUGCCCAGGAAAAUGUGUGUAAGCUCCCGAGCCGAGUACCAAAGACACCACACAAAAAGGAUGACGUUUGCAAUAGAUUUGAAAGCACAAUAUAUAUGUAUUGUAUAUUAUAUAUAUAUGUAGUCCUACGUUAUCGUUUUAUAUACACGCAUGAGGUUUUGGGGCUUUGAGUCCAGCUGUUUGUAAUAAGGAAUGUUAUUCUACGCUACUUGUGGGACAGUGUAAUUGUGUUUUGUGUGUGCAGAUGUAAUAUGAACAACAAAAAAGGGAUGCAGAAAGCUGUUCUUCACUUUGUAAAUAGAUACAAUUUUGUAGCAACUUAUAAUAAGGAAAAUGGUUCAGAUGUUCUGGGUCGUUCCACGAAAUGAGUGCCCUUUGAUAUUUUAGUCAGAAAUGUUGCACCAAUAUUGAAUUUUAAAAGGCUGUUAUAUUAAAUGAAGUGGCCUUUAAUAUAGACCACAUUUAGACUUCAAUAAAUCAGAUGUUUAAUAUGGAUAAAGGCUUGCUAAAGUGCCAAAAUUAAUCAAAUAUAUCUAUAUUGUUUUGUGUACUUUUUACCAAUUUUUCUGCCCAAUUUAGUGAUGUCCAAUUGGUAGUCUUGUCCCAUCGCUGCAACUCCUGUUCGAACUCGGGAGAGGCAAAGGUCAAGAGCCAUGCGUCCGCCGAAACAUGACCCUGGUUCUUGACACAUUCUUGACACAUUGCUCGAUUAACCCAGAAGCCAGCUGCACCAAUGUCUCGAAGGAAUCACCGCACAACUGGCGACCGCCACAGGAGUCGCUAGAGCGCGAUGGGACAAGGACAUCACGUCCCAACAUUUCUCCAAGUUUCUCCAAGCCCUAGUUAUUUAGUUGCUUUGACAAAGUCAUUUCUGAAGAUUAUUUUUUAUUUCAUGUGAGUAGUGAUUCAUUUGCAUCAGUCCCUCAUUUUAAGGUCAACCCUGUUACGUAAACUGAGCUCUCGUUUUAAUUUGGUGAAACUAUUCCUUUUGAAAUAUUCCUUUCAAAAGAAACAUUGAACAUCUAAUAGUCAAAUCACAGAGUAAACGCAGGAGCGCUGGAUCUACUCUUUUUUUUGUACAUUUUCUGGUGUUUUGUGGAGGAUAACUGUGUAGGUCGAGCGUAACAUGCCAACCCUGUUAGCCAUAGAUAGGCUAGAAGUGUUUUAACAAUUACAUUUUUGGGGUGAAGCUUGCAUGCAAUUGCCACUCCCUGUAGCACACAACAAGCUGUCAUUUCCUCUGUCACAAGGGGAUUUAUGGCUGAUUUAAGAAAUCAUCAACCCUGUUACGGUCAACCCUGAUACUUUAUUUGGCACUGAUAGUUUUGAGAUGGGAAAACAUGUUUAUGAAGUUGAACAUGUGCUCUUUAUGACAGAAUGUGAAAAUUUGGUGAUAUCAAAUGUUUUCUUUGACCAAGUGUGACGGUCCCUCCCUGCUCUGGUUUAUGGGUUUUGCUGUGCUUACUUUCUGCAGGAGAUUGGUGGGUGGAGUAGGAGAGGUGGGCGGAGCUGGGAGGGUCGUCAGUGCUGAUUGGGGCACACCUGUGAAAGCUCAGCUGUGGCAUAAAGCCACUGUCCCCCCCCCAUUCAGCAAGAGAUUCCUCUCUCCGUGCAUACCUUUGGUUGUGUAGUUGUGGCUUUGGCAGAUGACACCUAAUUUAUUGACCUUCAUGUCUCAUCUGAUUAUUUUUGUGAGUGUUUAUUUAUGGUAUCUAUUAAUUUUGUUAUUCCUUUACUCAGUGUGUGGUUUCCCAUUGUUUGUUACAAUCUUGAGCCAGGUUGUAACAAGUUAUACAGAAUUUGUGGAAUGACCCUUAUAUGGAAAGUACUUCUAAACUGUACUCACGACUGCCUGGACUUCAUUGUUUCAAUUCAUUAAAAAUCUGAGCUCUCUCA